AUGAAUAAAAAUUGGAAUGACAGAGCCGACAAGGAUCUGUUCUUUACCAUCCUGUCUGUGAAGAACAUUGGCGUCAUCAGCGGUUCGGAAUGGACAACCAUCGGCAACCACAUGCGCACACUGGGUUACGGCUUCACCAAUGAAGGCUGUAGACAACACUUUCAGGGCCUUCGUCGUGCCCAACACAAGAGUGAGACAAAUGGAGGGAGUCCUGAUAACCCUCGCAAAGUCGACCCAACAACAAAUCCAAUCACUCGUCGUCCAGGCCCGGGUCGUGGGAGGCCCAAGAAGCAACCUCAGCAAGCCGCGCAGAUGGCCAUCGCCGUCUUGGCUGAGCGAAAUGGCGAUACCAUCCAGCCUAGCCAACUUAGUCAAGUCGGACUCGAUCAAGAAGUUCAAGCUGGUCAACCUCAACCUGUUAUUCAGCCCGACCUUCAUACCGAUAUAACCGAUCUUCAGUCAAGUCUUCAUCAGCCCGAUUUCCAGUCCAGUCCCGAGCCCGACCUUCAACACAAUCACCAACCCGACCUUCAACACAAUCACCAACCCGACCUUCAACACAAUCACCAACCCGACCUUCAGCAUGACCUUCAGCAUGACCUCCAGCAUGACCUUCAACACGACCCCCAGCCCGAGCACCAGCCCACUCAUGAGGAGUCUAUCCAAGAUGACCACACCCACUUGGAAACAUCCAUCCUGCCUGACAGUCUCAUGGCGGAGUCUCUGGACCUCCCCCUUAAAGACGACGCCCUUGACUUGUCUCUCAAAGACGACAACAAUGACGAACAAGACGGCCCCGAUGCCAAGAGAAUCAAGCUCGACAACCCUGCUCAUGACCAUGACCAUUCUCUCGUCGAUGACGAAGCUGUGUUAGCUUUGGCCGCGCACAGCGAACCCCCUUCUGAUAGCUACAACUCCGAGUAUCCCACAGCCGGCUUGACCGGUUCAGACCCGCACGCUUCCUUCUUUGGUCCUGAGACAUGA